AUGGCUAUUGGGCUAAUCACAGUUUCAACACUCGUAACUUUGAAGAUCCUGGGUUCAGACACAACAAUAAAUGACUUUGGAAUGUUGUGGAUCUUAAACCAUCUGUGCAAUGGUUGGAUCAUCGAUCUACCCUCUGGUUUCUUUGGCAUCAUGGUUUUCUACACCGUUUGGAGAAAACAUAAUUCAUCGGGGCAAUUGGUUAUAACGCCAGAGAUCGAGCCUCUAGUAUAUGAGAUUGAAGCCACCGACUACGAUUUGAUGCUACCAUAUAGCACAGUACGCCCAUCAUUAGCUAAAGGAACCGUGUUCCCAUUUUCAGAUGGGGCAAUUCAUUCGGUUCCUCUAAAAGCCGGUCACCUGAGGGUAUUGGUCGAUAUUAUCUAUAGAGAUCAUCAUUAUAUCCUUCUUCCUGUCUCCCUAAUUGAAGAAAGAUAA